UCCCAAAUUCAUUUCCUUGCCUUCCCAUCCCAUCACGUGCUCCUCACGUGCACUCCCCUCCCUCCAUUUAUAUACCGUCCUCCCUUCCUUCUCUUUCCCUCCUCUUCUCUCUCUUUCGUCUCCCUCUCUCUUUCUCUCUCGCUUAACCAUGAAUUCUCCUCCGCCUUAUACCCUAAACGUCGUCGGAUCAGACCCAAACACCUUCGCCGACACGGCUUCGAUUGCUGAAGAUCAUGCCGACUCUCAACACUUCUCUUCGGCUUUUCAGAACGUCAACACCAGCGUUCUCAUUAUCGUCAUCAUCCUCGCCAUUACUGUCAUUGUGUCGCUCUCUCUCUGCUUGCUCCUUCGUCACCUCAAUCUCCGGUGCCUUCGUCGGCUGUCUCCGUCGUCUUUGUCGUUGUCAUCCAGGAGGAAUGCCAUGCCGGCAAGUGCCACUGCUACUACCACUCCUGUUUUCUCUUCCAGCCGUCGCGUCUCGCCGGAGAUUCCUUCGGCUUCCAUCAUUGACUCACUCCCUCUGUUCACGUUUUCUUCUAUUAGUCGUCGCUCGUCUGCCUCCGACACUACCGGCGGCGACUGUGCUGUUUGCCUCUCGAAAUUUGAGCAGAGAGACGUCCUCCGUCUUCUCCCGCUGUGUUGUCAUGCCUUCCAUGUGGAAUGCAUCGACACUUGGCUUCAGUCGAAUUUGACCUGUCCGCUGUGCCGAUCUGCCAUUUUCGCAUCUGAUUCGGACCUAAUGAGGGUUCUCCAAUCGUCUUCCGGAGGCGGAGGAGGAAGCGAUAGUUUUCGGCUCGAAAUUGGAAACAUUAGCCGACGGGGAACGGCACCACCAGAAGUCGUUGGACACGAGCGUGCGAGAUCAAGGUCGCGGUCGUAUUCUGUUGGCUCGUUCGAGUAUUUUGUAGAUGAGGAUAUCGAGGUUCCAAUUAGCCACGCGCAUCGGAGGAGCGUGUCAGAUAAUAAGGACGAAUCGGUAGUUGUAGAAUCUCUAGCGGCGGCGGCGGCUCAGUCGGUCCAUGAGGCGAGCUUAGCCGCCGGUGUUGCCUCCAGCGGGAGGAGCUGGCUGAAGGAAUACGUCGAUAGGCUCUCGUCUUCGAUAUCAUCGAGAACCGUAUCCUUUCGAGGCUCCGGAAGGUUCUUUUCCGGCGGUGGUGGUAGCCGCCGAAGCGACGCCACCGUCUCAGCCGAGGACUGCGAUGUGGAAGCCAUCCGAUUAGGGGAGGAAAUUAGCGAAACUUUUCGAUGGCUCUCUGGGGUAUGACCGGAAUCGAGGGUUGCUUGUUGGAAGAGCAAUGAAAAGAGUGAAGUGCGAAAAAUGGGAGAGACAGAACCUUGGGAAGCUAAGUUAAGAAAAAGGAGGAGGCUGAUCCAUUAGAGUACUAAGGAAUAAAUAUGGCCUUUUCUUCUUCACCUACCUGCCUUUCUCUUUCUUUAAUUCCGCCAUUAAAGCCCAGAUAGAAAUUGUCUGUUCUUGUUUGAUCUGGGAAAAAAUUAUACUAUACUCCUCUAUUCACUCAUUUUUUAAAGAAAGGUGAUACCUGAUGUUAAAUCAGAAAGAAAGACCACUGAGCCUUGAGUCUAACCAAGUCUUAUGGCCAAAUUAGUUAGGUUCCU